GUUUACGUUAUAAAAAGAGAUCGAUUGGUCCCAUCGAUACAAGUGACAAUAAAACGUGUCAGUCCGAUUUCGACUGCUCUCAAUCCGCGACUUAGACAUUAUGGCGACGAAACAGCCCAAAGCCACGAACCCUGCAGCUGCGGCCCUUAGCGCAGUGGACGAAGAAAUCAGAAAGCAAUUAGAAGUGCUGUCGCAGAAGUUGGAGUUACAUAAGGACCAGUUAAUAUUGUUACAGCAGACGUUUGUGGCGUUCGAUGUUGACAAAAAGGGCUACAUUGACAUUGAAAUGAUCGGUCAAAUCCUUGACAUGCUUGGCCAUCAGUUAACCUCCGACGAGUUGCAGGCAAUCGUAAAAGAAAUUGACGAAGACGGAAACGGGGAAUUGAGCUUUGAGGAAUUCGCGCAUCUCGCCGCAAGGUUUCUAGUUGAGGAGGAGGAAGAUACCGAGGCCAUUCUAAAGGAGCUGAAAGAUGCGUUUCGGUUGUACGACAAGGAAGGUUUGGGCUUCAUUACGACGGACUUACUUAGGGAAAUAUUAAAGGAGUUGGACGAGAAAAUGACAAAAGAGGAUUUAGACCAGAUGAUCGAGGAAAUCGACGUGGACGGUUCUGGAACUGUCGAUUGGGAAGAAUUCAAGGCGAUGAUGAUCGGUUAAGUGAAAAAUAAUCAAUGUUGGCUAAUUAUAAAUUGCAAUUAAGGCGGUGACAGUGUUCCUUGUUUAAUUAUAUCUUGAAGAUCUGCCAAAUGCUCUUUUUUAAAUUAUUUUUGUGUACGCACUUAAGCGCAUAAUGUACGGGUAUUGCAGUUACCUGAUUAUAUAUUAUUAAACAUUAUGACUACUA